AACGCGCCGGCCCCGCCUCCGCCCCUCGCGGCCCCGCCCGCCCGCGCAGACCUAGAGCGCGGCCGCGGACGAAGAUGGCGACCGCCAUGUACUUGGAGCACUACCUGGACAGCAUUGAGAACCUUCCAUGUGAGCUUCAGAGGAACUUCCAGCUCAUGCGAGAGCUGGACCAGAGGACAGAAGAUAAGAAGGCAGAGAUCGACAUCCUGGCUGCAGAGUAUAUAUCCACAGUGAAGACACUUUCUCCAGACCAGCGUGUGGAGCACCUGCAGAAGAUCCAGAGUGCCUACAGCAAGUGUAAGGAGUACAGUGAUGACAAGGUGCAGCUGGCCAUGCAGACCUAUGAGAUGGUGGAUAAACACAUUCGAAGGCUCGAUGCAGACCUGGCGCGCUUCGAAGCAGAUCUGAAGGACAAGAUGGAGGGCAGUGACUUUGAAAGCUCUGGAGGACGAGGGUUAAAAAAAGGUCGAGGUCAGAAAGAAAAAAGAGGCUCCCGGGGUCGUGGCAGGAGGACCUCAGAGGAAGACACUCCAAAGAAAAAGAAGCACAAAGGAGGGUCUGAGUUCACCGACACCAUCCUGUCCGUGCACCCCUCCGACGUGCUGGACAUGCCUGUGGACCCAAAUGAGCCCACGUACUGCCUGUGCCACCAGGUGUCCUAUGGGGAGAUGAUAGGCUGUGACAACCCAGACUGUCCUAUUGAGUGGUUUCACUUCGCCUGUGUGGAUCUGACCACGAAACCCAAAGGAAAAUGGUUCUGUCCACGGUGCGUUCAGGAAAGGAGGAAGAAGAAGUAAGCCUGAUGCCUGGACUAGAAGAGCAAGUUAAUAUAUUCCUUCUUCGUGUUGCAAUAUUUUCUCUUCAUUUUAAAACUACCUUGUUUCAAAUGAUAUUUAAAAACUCAGUGGCCAGUUGUAAUUCUGGAUACUUCCUAAAACAAACAAGAAUCCACCUGAGCCCUGUUUGCUCGAGGAGCAAUCUUACGGGGACUCGCCACAGUGACUUCAUUAUUGGAGACUUUGUACCGGCCCCGCGCCGAGCCCGGCAGGUGCGCCAAGGAGCCGAGCCUUCCGUGGGGGCUACGGCGGGGACCGCCCAGCCAGCGCAGUACCGUCACUCUGCAGCUGAGGCGUGAGCCUGCGAGGUCUGUCCCUGCUUCCUGGGGCUGUGCCCAGCACCUCUGGAAGCACAUCUGUCCCCGCUGAGGCGUCUGCGUGUGGGACCUGGCGAGGCCUUGCUGGAGGGCAUCUGCCGUGUCCGAGCUCUGGGCCGGGGCCCGUGGCCUGCCUGGGAAGGGCGGGCUCUCCCUGGAGGAGGAGGUCUCUGCUUCGCUGUGCACUGCCUUUUUCGUCUGGACUCCCAGUUCCCUCCGUGAGGGUUUUAGCUUCUGGAGUAAACGGCUCUUCGUUAGCACACGGGUGGUCGUUACCGUGACCCGCCCGCAAGAGACAGAUAGCUGAUGCUCCGUUUCUCUGGGAAUUCCUGACGUUUUUACUGUGAAGAUGAAAUUAUUGUAAUAGCAUGAAGAUCGUGGGUCUGUGUGUAUGUGAAGUGAGUCCAGUCCAGUAAGAGCUGAUUUUAAACCUGUUAUGUCGUACACCGGUCAGCAGCUCAUGUCCGAGGGGACGACAAUUAUGUGAUGCGAUUUGUGAAUUUCUCGUGCCACGCAGUUCUGGAAUGAAGCUAGGAAACUAGAGUGUGUUUUCUGUCUAAUCCGCAUUCACCAAACCAAUCUUGAACCGUGUUUUUGGGAAUAGUUGGGGGAAAUUGCAUAUGUUUGGUGUGCUGAGAUCCAUUUGUGAUGGUGCAUAGUGUGACUUCUGGGAGCAGGCGUGGACUCUGAGACCCUCCAGCAUACGUUUAGAGGAGCCUGAGGAGUCCCGAAGAAAGAGGAAAACCUGUUUCUGUCCUCGAGGCAGGAGAAGAAAUCCAGGAGGCGGAGUCGAGAUGUGAAAUUCCCAACUGAAGAAGAAUAUUGUCUUCUUUAUCAGGAGGCCUUCUGGAACGGUGCAGCUGCUUCCUCCAGUGGCCUUGUUUACCGAAUGUUCCCUCCUGUUCUCUAAUACUUCACCAAGGACAGGAGAUGACACGGAGAGAAACUUGGGGGGCUGUGUCCUGCAUGGGCCACUCCUCACCAAGGCAGUUCCUGGUCGGUAAAUGAGAGCUGAAUGUUAACUCUGACGUCAGAGGGCAGGGAGGGUCCUGCUGGACCCUACGUCUAUGGUUCUCGGCGGGGCAGCCUGCACCAGACCUGCUGUCCUGCUGUCCUUUAUGGGGCUUCCAGGGGACUGCAGGUGAGGUCACUUCGGAGAGGGCCACCCUUUCCGUCCCAGGCUGCGUGGUUAGGGUAGGGGGUCAGCAGCUGGCCUGACAAGCUAUCCCGGAACCGAAGCCUUCCUUCUGCUCAGAAAGGAGGGGUGGGGGCCUCAGGAUGCGCGCCGGCCUGCACGUGCCCCUCCAUCUCAGCUGCAGCCGAAAACGAGGCUUGUUUGUAUUUAGUAACUUAGCUUUUUGUUAACACAGGUGUUUAAAGAUUGUGGGGAAUAAAUUGUGGAAAAUUGUUUUCUUCACUCUUCUACCAGUUUUUGUGGAGAGGAUAGGUAAGUACACGAGUUUGUGAUGAUUCUUUGGAAGCUAGUUUAGUAUUUGCACUGCAUCUUAGAACACUUCCCGGCCGCCGCCAUCAUGGGGAAACUGGUGCCUGGGGGUGUGGGCUGUUGGCUGGGCAGGGGCCUCCCUCACUGCGCAGGAGGGACGGCCGACUCCCCUGUCGGGAGCUGGUGUGUGAUGCCGUCCUCCGCUGGUCGCUGAGUGACGACCCAGCUGCCGGCUUUCUCUUUGUAGGUUCUGUGCCUGGCUGUCUGUAGUGUUUGCUUUUGUUGGUUGCAUAAAUAUCUCCAAAACAACACCCAUAGAUAGAGCUUUGGAGACAAUAAGACAUGAGCAGAGUAGCAAGAUUUAUUCCCUGGAACGCUGUUUGGGCCAGCACGGGUCUGCUGCCCCUCCCUGACUGUGAACGCCGAUGCGACAGCGCUGUUUGCUUGGGAAAGAAUGUCCUGCCACCUGGCCUGGCUCCAGCCCCGCAGGGGCGGUGGGCGCCUGCCGAGGAUCGCCCCGUGAGGCCUGGCCGCCUACCUCAGGGUGAUGCCCACCAGACUCCGUCUGCCUGCCAGGCACCAGAUCUGACCCGGAGGUGGCUGCAGAGCCCUGUCCCUUGGGUUGAGGGGGGUCCCUGUUGCAGCCGCACCUGAGCCAAGGGCGCGGGCCCUCCACGGGGCUGUGGGGUUUUCUUGUAGGGAAGGAGCGCCGUGUUCAGAGGAGACUCAGCAUGUUCCUUGCUCUCAGUGCUCUGUUAGCAGUCAGCAGUUUGACCAAUAGCCUCUCGUUUUCCUCUAGAACAACACAUGCUGCACUUACAAACAUAAUUUGUUAAACUGAGCCCCCCACAUCCGUGGCUGUGUUCGUGGGGCUGCUGCAGACCCUGAGCUGAGGCCCGUGUGACUGGGGUUCCCGGGCGGGCAGGUGUGAGGUGCCACUGGCCAUGGCCACGGAGCCUGGUGGCUUCUGGUCUGCACGGGAACGACGGGGGUUUGCUGGGACGCGUGGGGACGGUGGCUUCGUCCCGGGUGGCCACGCGGCACUCCCGACUGGUAGCUGGUAGCCCUGGCAGGGUCUGCCUCGAGCAAUAACACUCUCCGGAGAGCAGCUUCCCCGUGUGGCCGCGGCUGGAAGUCGGAACACUGGCCGUGGGCCUUGGAGAUAGGAGGUUUUCCUCCGUUGUUAGUGAGCCAUGACUGGUCCUUGUUACCUGUGCCGAGAGGAGUUUUAAAACAAAGUCUAAGAAAAAUGUUCUCAUUCAGGAGAGAGUUCUGUGAAGUUUCUUUCUUCCUACAAAUGUAUUUUGUGGUGUUCACUUUUACCACAUUUCAUCCAAAAAGAUGAUGCAGCUUUAACACGAAUGUUACAUUUUAUUUUCAAGGAAUUAUCUAUGUUCCCUUUGUAAAGGAAAGAUAAUAUUGUAAAUCUUUUUAUUAAAUAAUGUAAAGAUGUAUAUCUGUAUUUUUGGAUCAUGUUAUAGAUUAUGGAUAUAUUGUUUAAUAAAUAAAGUAUUUUUUGGAACAAACGUUUGAGGAGUCAUUC